CCGUGGUAGAUCAAAACUAGCUGUCGACGUUAUAACACGUUACUGCUGCGUCGCGUGCUUAAAACAUAAUUAUUUAGACUAUAGAAAAAAAAAAUAAAAUAGUAAUACUUAUAUAAAAUAAAUAACAAAUGUAUUGAAAUCAUGAAUAUUUUACUGGACUACUGCAGAAAAUAAUUAUUGAAGAUAAUAUGGAACUCAGAUUUAUAUUUUUGUUGUCAUUAUGGAUCACGACAGCCCGUUCAUUGUACAAAAUCGGUAUCGGAAUUGCAGAUGUAACUGGGCCUGCAGCAGGUGUUACUUUUUUGGGGUACGGAAAAGUGGAACAAACUGGAGAGGGAAUACAUUUGCGACAAUUUUCUAGGGCAUUUUUAAUUGAAGAUUCAACAUCUAGAACAGCCUUUGUCAGCAUCGAUUCUGCGAUGAUGGGUGAUCAUAUAAAGAAAGAAGUACUGAAAAAAUUGAACGAGAAGCUACCGGGAUUGUACGACACGAAUAACCUUAUGCUUUCGUCUACGCACACACACUCAACGCCGGGAGGUUAUAUGUUACAUAUGCUGUUUGACUUGAGCACAUUGGGUUAUGUUCAACAAACCUUAAACUGUUUAGUAAAAGGUAUUACAUUGAGUAUUCUACGAGCCCACGACAAAUUAGAUUAUGGACGUAUAUUUGUUAAUAAAGGUGAAUUAAAUGGGAUAUCGAUAAGUAGAAGUCCUCAAUCAUAUUUAUUAAAUCCGGAAGUCGAACGUGCGCAAUACGAACAUAACGUCGACAAGACUAUGGUACAGCUGAAGUUUGAGAGCGAGUCCGGUACGCCGUUGGGUGUGAUAAACUGGUACGCGGUGCAUGCGACCAGCAUGAACAACACCAACAGGCUCGUUUCGUCGGACAACGUCGGAUACGCAUCGGUGUUGUUCGAGCAAAAGAUGAACCCCGAGAGUUUUAUAGGCAAAGGACGUUUUGUCGCAGCGUUCGCUUCGUCCAACUUGGGAGAUGUGACUCCCAACAUCAAAGGUCCUCGGUGCCAGAAAUCGGGAAAACCUUGCGAUAUUCCAGGGCCUUCAUGUGAUGCCAACGAGCUGUGCGUGGCAUCUGGACCGGGCGACGACAUGAAAGAGAGCACUAGAAUAAUUGCCCGACGACUGUUCGCCAGGGCGUAUGAACUGAUGGUUGGAAAACCUAUCACCGAAAUCAUAGGUCCGAUAAAGUCAAUACACCAAUUUAUAGACAUGACCACGGAAGAAGUAGACUAUAAGACGCCUGGAGGAGAGAUGGUCAAGGGAAAGGGAUGUAAGCCUGCGAUGGGUCAUACGUUUUCAUCGGGUACCAUCGACGGACCUGGUUUGUUCUCGUUCGAAGCCGGCUCCAAAUCCUCCAACAAUCCUCUCUGGGAUAUAGUAACGAACUUCGUGCCCAAGCCUAGUCCAGAACAAAUCAAAUGUCACGCGGAAAAAUCAAUUUUGAUAUCGACCGGAGAAUUUAAUUAUCCGCUGGCUUGGUCACCGAAAAUAGUUUCUACUCAGUUGGCCGCUAUCGGUCAGUUGAUCAUAGCUUGUGUUCCGGGCGAGUUCACGACCAUGUCGGGUAGACGUGUGAGAAAAGCUAUCCGCGAAGUCCUUUGUAAAAACUCUUGGUGUACCGUUGUGAUCGCGGGUCUUUGCAAUACAUAUAGUGAUUAUGUAACCACACCUGAAGAAUACAAACUACAGCGUUAUGAAGGUGCAUCAACGUUGUUCGGACCUUACACGUUGCCCAUUUACCUGAAACAGUAUUCGAAACUGGCCCAGGCAUUGUUGAACGGUGACAAAAAAAUGGAUCCCGGGCCUGAACCGAUCGACCUGAAAUCUGAAGUGUGGUCGCUAUUGCCAACUCCAAUGUACGACACUCCGAUAACUCGACACAAUUUUGGAGACUGCAUCGAGCAACCACCCUACACGGCGAAGUUGGGUCAAACAGUUAAAGCAAAAUUUGUGUCUGGCAAUCCUAGGAAUAACCCUAUGUUGGAAAUGACGUUUUUGACAGUUGAACGGCUGACGGACGAUUUAAAAUGGGACGUCGUCGCCACAGACGCUAAUUGGGAAACCGAAUUCUUAUGGAAAACAGUUUCGUGGUUUUGGGCAAGCAGCGUAGCAGAAAUCAAAUGGACAAUACCUGAAAAUACUACACCAGGGCUCUACCGCAUUAGACACUUUGGGUAUUUUAAAUAUUUUGGAGGGGGCAGGCUCGGAAGAUACUUUGGUACUUCGGAAACGUUCAAAGUGACGUAGAAAUAGUACAAACGUCAGUUUUAUUUCAAAACAUAGUUGCAUUAUUAAUUUUUUCCAAUUUAACUUUAGAGUACGUAUUUGGUAUCAGUUCCUGGCUACAAUAUUUUUCAAAUAAAAAACCUACUUAUUUCUCUCCAAAA